CAAAACAAUGUUAGAUAAAUUCAGAAUUUGUAUACCAUAAUAUUAUAUAAAAUUAAUAAUUCUAUAACAAAAUGUCUGCAAUAUGCUGUGGUUGUUUGAACAGAGGUCGAAAAAUGAUUCAAAUACGAGAACGCAGCGCUAGGAACUGUUUAAUACAAAUAAUAAGUGAAAUACCGAUGGCCUAUCAAGAAAACCUCCGGCUAUGCUAUGAAUGUGCCGCAUUACUCGUUAAGUUCGCGUCUUUCAAGGAACAGGUCAUGCGAUCAUAUAGAGACUACAACGACUUUAUAACGAAUCCAUUGCAACCUAUACAACCGAUAUCAAGGCUGCAAGCAAAAAAAUUACACGACCUGUCAAACGAACAGACGGACGUAUAUGAGGAUCCGCCGGAAGUUAAGUCUGAGGAACCGGAAGUUGAGGUCAAAAAUGUAUAUAAAAUCGAGUCAUUGAAGACCAGAAACAUGCAAGAGACGAGAGAGUACACGCAGGUGGAGUUGACGGGAGAUGAGAUAGAGGAAGAAAGGAGAUUGUUGGAGAAUGGAGAAGAUUACGUGAACGCUAUGUUCAGGUGCGAGAAAUGUAUCGCGACGUUCCCUAACUCCGAGGACCUGGAAGAUCACACAACUAAUAAACAUUUGCUGAACGCGUCCAAUUAUAAAUGCUCGAUAUGCCAGUGCACCUUCGCCACGGAGUUCUCGUAUAACUACCACACAAACAAACACACGACCAGAUACGAGUGCAGUGUCUGCAAACAGCGCUUCGUGAACAAGCGCGACGCGGCGCGCCACUACAGCAUCACGCAUUGCGUCGGAAUGGACGUGGAGGUGAAGAACAACGACGAGGAUACCAAUGAGUCAAGAGGUCAAGACGGCAUCCAGCACCCCUGCGAGUUCUGCCCAAAGACGUUUAAGUGGAAGACGUCUCUAAGAAAGCAUCUGGAGACGCACAGCAUCGAGAACGGACAGAAGAGGAAGCCGUACUGCACUCCCUGCAGGUUAUCGUUCACGACGACGUCCAACCUUCAGAAGCACGUGCGCACAAGUUCGAAACACCAAAUCCAGUUGAAGCUAAGGAAACUGAAAGAAAUGAACAGUUCACAUGAAAAACAAGAAAAUAUCAAGGAAAAGAUAAACGAGAUCAAAUCAUCAGUUAACAACUCGAGACACCAGUUCCCUUGCAACCAGUGCGACAAACGGUUCCUAUGGAGGGGCAACCUGUUGAGGCACCUGCAGAGUCAUUUGGCUAAGGCGAAGGGCGACCUCGUGUGUGAGCCGUGUAACAGAACCUUCUCCUCGAUAGCCACGUACCAGCAACACAUGAAGAUCAGCAAGAAACAUGCGACCGAAAACGAUUUCAAGUUCAUGUGUAGCGACUGCGGUAAGAGGUUCCCGACUAAGUCUAGACUACGAGAUCACAUCAACUGGGAACACUUGAAGAACUACGUGUACACGUGCGACGAGUGUCAGAAGGUAUUCAAAACAAGCAACUCCGUGUAUUUACACAAACAGGCGGUCCACAGGAAGGACGUCAUCGAGCAUCUGUGUGAUCACUGCGGGAAACCAUUUCCGAACGGUGCUAAACUCCGCGCCCACAUCCUCGGCGCCCACGGAGUGUCCGAGCAUGCUUGUGGUCGCUGCGGGGCGAGCUUCGCCUGGCAUUCGUGUUUGUCAAGACAUGUUAGACAAAAACACAGAGGAGGCAGAGUAAACGGUGAUUAAACAUGAAACAUGAUGACUUAAUGUGAGUUAAUAUGAAUAAGGAUGACUUAACGUGAGUUAAUAUGAAUUAUGAUGACUUAACGUGAGUUAAUAUGAAUAAUGAUGACUUAACGUGAGUUAAUAUGAAUAAUAUUUAUAUAUAUAUUCCUAUUUUCAUGAUGGUUAUGAUCUUUUACUUAUUGCUUAUUUAUUUGAUGUGAUAAUUAAGAAUAGGGCAGGGGCAUUUAAGUAAUUUUUGAAAUGAAAAAUUAAUUACAAGAUUAAUAAGAAUAAGAUAAUUCUUUUAAGUACCUACUAGUUAUGAGGCUUUACUAUAAAAAGUACUGGCUUAGAAGUUGUGUACAAAGAAAAUAUCACAGAUUUUGCAUGAGACGGACAAUGUAAUGAUUACCAAACAUAUAUAUAUAUAUAUAUAUGAAUAUCCGUGCUAUUAAAACUUACAAUACCAUCAAGGUCAACAAAUAUGACGAGCUCACAAACGAACUCACUCGAAAUAGGUUCGUCGUGGAUUUAUACGCGGUAGAAGGGGGAGCGAGAGGUAUAACGGCUAAAUCUCUCUACAACCUACUAAAAGACUUGGGCCUGCCCAGAACCCACAUCAAUUCGUUCUUGGAACGUACUUCGAAGGCAGCCCUAGUAGGUUCUUUUCAAAUAUGGUUGGGUAGGGAGAGGAGCUUGGACAGAGGAGGUGAGCGUUUAAAGCGCGUUAGAUAGGGGCCCCUUAAACCUACACCUGGGUCUCAAGUCCCAGAGACUGUUGAAGCUGCUCUCCCUGCAACGCAAUGGACCCGGCACCCGCACGGUGGAUCCAUGGAAUGCCGAGAGGUUUCGUCUCUAACCCACACGCUACUAAGAUUCAGUGUGAUUUUGUUAAUUUUUGUAUUUUAGGUCCAAGUUCCAAACACAAUAUUCGUUAUACAACAGACUCAUGAGAUUCCACAUUUUUACUUUAAGAAUUCUUUUCAAUAUAAUGUUUGCAGCCGUCGUUCUAAACCAUUUACUUCAACGGAACCUCUUUCUGGCGGAUACCAUAACAUUUUUUCCCCUCAAUCAGUGUUGCCAGACCGUUCAGCUGAUUAUGUUAACUGAUAGGACUGUAUCAUAUAGAAUACAUUAUAAUAAAUUUGUUAUAAAUUAUUGAAAUUUAAUUUUUAUUUUCAACUUUGAAUACUUUAAAUGUAGGAUUACAAUCGCCAGUCAGUGCUGGACCUAUUAAGCGAUGAUUUUGCUAGAGCACUAAGAUCUCCUUAAACUGUUUAUCGUACUACAAUAUAAGCAUAGCUGUGAGAUUAUGUCGAACUACCUAUUAUAUGCGAUUUUCACAAUUAAUUUUACCAAAGUACGUGAAUAUCGAGUUAUUUCAAAGUACGGACUGAAAAUUUGUCGAUGAGCCUUGUGUUACAUGCGAUGGGAUUACGUCUAAAAACUGGAUAGACCAAGAAAAGCAGCGAAAUUUUCUGCCACAGAUGUGUUUUGGGUAAAAAUAUGUUGGGAAUUAAAAGGAGCAGAAUUAUACGUAUUUUUUUCUGGUGGUAGAUUUUUCUAUGUGAUUGCAAACAAAAAAAUUACUUAAGUCUCUUCACUUUAGCUUAUAUACAGGUGUUUACUAUUCAUAACCUGAAAAGGCUAUCAAUAUAUUAAUAAAUUGUCCUUAUAUUAAAAAGACUUGAAAAAAAAAUCUGAUCUGUGGUCGUGACGCGGGAAAAACAUAAUCUCAAUUUUGCCCAAAAAGCAGUAGUUUUUUUAUUAGAAUUUAAUAGGGUAUAGACGAGGUGCGAGGACGUUUCUGACUUGUUCGUUGCCAUAUUCUCCCUGUCUCAUAAACUACAUAUAAUUGCUCUCUUUUAUGAAGACAUCUUCACAAGGAUAUAGUAUAUAGCUUGUAUGUCAGAGUAAAAAGGACUUUGUCGUUUUUGAAAAGAGUGACGUCAGCAUAACUGACGUCACCGAUUCCUGUAUUCUUGAAUGUCGUCAGGAUCUCAGACUAUUCAAGGUAACCUCGUACAUGGUUUAACGAAUCCCCUACAUCGAAGAGGUCCGCAC